UUUUUGCCGUAUUGAUUUGGAAUGCCAGGGCCAAGUGGGUUUGGAUCAGCUUCAACUGCUGAACAGGUUUCAGAUGGGAUUGAUGCAACCAACCUCACUGCCAUUGUUACUGGAGGGGCAAGUGGGAUUGGCUUGGAGACUGCAAGAGUUUUAGCUCUUAGGAAUGCCCAUGUCAUUAUCGCAGCGAGGAACAUGGAAGCUGCGAAUGAAGCCAAACAGUUCAUUCUCAAAGACAACGAAAAUGCUCGUGUGGACGUCCUAAAACUCGACCUCUGCUCAAUGAAGUCAAUUAGAGCCUUUGCUAACAACUUUAAUGCUCUUAAUCUUCCGCUCAACAUCCUAAUAAACAAUGCCGGCGUUAUGUUUUGCCCCUACCAGCUAUCCGAAGAUGGAAUAGAGAUGCAGUUUGCAACAAAUCAUCUUGGUCAUUUUCUUUUAACAAACUUGCUCCUUGACAAAAUGAAGGACACGGCAAGAGCUACAGGUAUCGAGGGUAGGAUUGUGAACCUGUCGUCAAUAGCCCACCUCCACACUUAUGAAAAAGGGAUUCAAUUUGAUAAGAUUAACGAUCAAGAUAGUUAUUCCGACAAAAAGGCAUAUGGACAAUCCAAAUUAGCCAACAUAUUGCACGCCAACGAGCUCUCUCGUCGCCUGCAGGAAGAAGGUGCAAAUAUUACAGUCAACUCAGUGCAUCCUGGGUUAAUAAUGACAAAUCUCAUGAGACAUUCUUUCUUUCUAAUGAGUCUUUUGAAGGUAUUCACUUAUCUCUUGUGGAAAAACGUCCCACAGGGGGCAGCCACAACGUGCUACGUCGCGCUCCACCCAAAGCUGAAAGGUGUGACUGGAAAGUAUUUCCUGGACUGCAACGAGUGGCCGGCAAGCAUGUUCGCCACAGAUGAGGCGUUAGCGAAGAAACUGUGGGAUUUCAGCAACAAGUUGGUUAAUUCAGCUCAAAACCUUUAAAAUCAUCUGCUUUCUCUGCUAUCCUAUGAAUCUCCUCCCUAUCCAUAGUAGGACUAGCUUGAUUUGGGUACUUGAGCUUCUGUUAGUUGAUAUUGUUUAUGUUAAAAGAUUUGCGUCAUGAUGACCUGUUUGUCAACAUGACUACUACUCCUUAAGAUGUAAUUUGUGUAAACUAUACUUGACAGUUAUGAAAAUUUAAGAAUAAAAAAAUGACGACCUCACCCUAUGCAAUGACCA